AUGCAUUCAUAUUCUAAAUUCCUUAAAGAGAUUCUAUCCAACAAGAAAAAGCUUAAGGAUGAUGAAACCGUUAUGCUUACUGCAGAAUCCAACGCUAUCAUUCAAAACAACAUGCCUCCUAAACUGAAAGACCCUGGAGAAUUAAGACCAACGAAGAUAUCUCUACAACUAGUUGACCGUCCCAUUAAAUUUCCAGUAGGUAUGCUAGAGAACAUUCCCGUUCGUAUAAGACAAUUCUAUAUCCCUACCGACUUUGUAAUAAUGGAUAUAAAAGAGGAUUCCCACAUACCUAUUAUCUUAGGAAGACCCUCUUUAGCCACAGUCGGAGCCAUCAUAGAUGUGAAGAAAGGAAGGCUAACAUUCAAAGUCGGAGAAGAAAAAGUUGAAUUUCUCUUAGCUAAAUUCCUACAAGCACCAGCUAUAGAUGAAUCAUGUUGUUUCUUAGACGUCAUCGAAGAAUGUAUGAAAGAAAUGGUGAAGGACUCAUUUAAGUAUACUGAAGUAUUGAAGAUUCCAACACCUCCUAUAUUCAAAGACUAUGAUUGA